AUGGAUACCGCAAAUGUGCUACCGCUGCUGGAGCAGCUGGACGACAAUGUGGACGAUUUGCAGGAUGUCCUGGAGCCGCUGUUGGCCGGUUCUUUGAACAAAAUGUCCAAGAAUAUGCCCAUCAUGGACAAGGCCAAAAUUCACGUGCUGAUAACCUAUGCUCUCGAAUCAUUAAUCUUCUCUUAUCUACGGCUCCGGGGUGUGGAGGCAAAGCAGCACCCGGUCUUCCGGGAAAUCACCCGCGUUAGGCAAUACUUCGACAAGAUCAAGGCGCUGGAAACCGAACCUGAGCAGCGCACUAUGGUCCUCGAUAAGGCAGCUGCGGGGCGCUUCAUUAAACAUGGCCUGGCUGGCAACGAGAAGAUCGAUUUGGAGCGAGCAGAACGGGAAGCUAGAGAGCGGGCGCGUGCUCAAAUCAAAGCCGCCAUGCUCGCUAAGAAGGCUGCUUCUACGCCUGUACAGGAUUCGCCAGCUCAAUCUGAGGCUGUCUCCAGCGCUGUGCCAUCUACUGCCCAGUCCAGUGCCGAGGGCGAUGAUUCCGACGAAGAGAUGGAGGCAGAAGGCGCAGCUGAGGAAUUCAAAACAGGUGAGGAGUUCAUCCAAUUCGACAACAAGGAAAAGAAAAAGAAGAAGAACAAGUCAAACGAAGACAAGACUACGUCUCGGAGUAGUGGCAAGAUGCUUAGUCGCAAGGCCACCAAGACGGAGCGCAGACAGCAGAAGAAGGAUAGGCGGCGGAAGAAGGAGGAGACUCGCAAGGCCAGGGAGGCCAAAUAG